AAGCCCUCACACUAGCCCGCCCCUGCCAACUCGUCUCACUUAGAUGUAGCGUUCUGCCUCGUGCUCCACAAUAACUGCCGCGACGUCUUAUGUCUUAACUAUGCUCCUCUGUCCCUCUAUCGCCGAGUCUCCUUUUCUUCCCAUCAUGGACUGACUCUUCUCUUCCCCGCUUUCUUGUGUUCGCUUUUUGGCCUUCUGGAAGGCCGUCCAUUCCUUUUUAUCUUGACUUAUGAUCAACAGGGCUUGGUAUUCCCUUUAACGUUCUCUACAUCUAUUUUCCACCCUCGUCUUUCUCUUAGCAAGUCUUCUCCGGAUUCUCCCGCUCGCUUUCGUUUCAAGUACCGUAUCGGAUAUUAUCUCCACCACAGUCGUGAGGAAUGGCUAGAGGAACGUUUCUUGGGAGGUCACGUACGAUCCGGCAAGCAGAGGCCGUCUCGUCUACUACUUCGAAGCAUUCAGAUGCGCGACCACGGAAAGAUCUCAAGUGUAUCGAGGAUGGCGCAAACCACGGCCGCCAGGUGCCUCAUGCGCACCGGGAUUUUCAGCGCCCUGAGACAUCAGAGGGACGCCAACAAAAAAGAUUACAAGCCCUGAGUCCUGUCAAUACCCAGGCUCCUCCGCUUCCGUCUUCGCCAAUGCUGUCCCCCACCGGCACGGAUAACGGUGCAAACGGAAGUCUGAUUGGGGUCGCUUUGGGCAGCCCGCGGAUGAUCGAGUCGCAUGUUCCCAUGUCGCAAACGCAGGAGACACCCCCGGCCAAACCUGCAGAAACCCAAACACGACCCGCUUUGCAGCGCAAGCCCAGUAAAUGGAAGAAAAUCGGCGGUCUUUUCAAAGCUAAAGCUGCCAUGACAGCUGCGCCAAACCAGCCUUUCUAUCAGGUCCGGCUUGAGGACGAGUGGCCAAUGCAAGACUCCACCUAUUCUUUCGAACAGCAGCCAAGAGUUCAACCCGAGAAACCUGCUAGUCCAACCUCUGGCACGGAAGCAUGGCCGUCUUUGGAACCGGAAAUUCAGCAUCAGGCGCAUGAGAAAGAGCGGUCCGAGGGAGAUGUCAAUUUCUCGCCAAAGGCUGACAAACAACCCCCUGCAACUGGACCAUUGCUGCAAGUCGAGAUCCCCGAUAUCCAGCUGGAGCGAUACAGUGUCAUGUUUGGAGGCGUUCUUAGUAAGAACAGGCCGCCCUCGUUGAUUCGACGCAGCCAAACUUUGCAGGACGUCAGCGCGCCAGCUCCAGAGGCCAUUCCCCCCAUGCCAGAAUUAGAACCGCCUCGCCGAAGAGCCACAUCCCCCACACGGUCGAAAUCCCCGAGCUUCACCUUGUUCCCAUCAACACAGGUCAGCAAGGCUUCAAAGGUUCUCGGUAGCCAGAACAUUCCCCGCGGUCCCAGUCCAUUACACAAAAGUCAAACAUCGUUGGCAGAAUCGCAUCAAGAAAGUGUGUCGGAGAAAAACAGUUUGGUCCUCAUGGUGCACCAGCCGUCACAUAAACCGCAAAAUUCGAUGUCCUCAUUCCUUUCCUCUACAACUAUUGGUUCGGAGGAUGAACAGCUCCUCGUGCAAAAGCUCGGUCCAGUCCGCUCCUAUAUCGACGCACGAGAGCCAGAGUGGGAGAUCAUCAACAAGAGACCAGCAAACGAAACCCCACAACCCGCGCCCCCGGCCCUCAGAAUCGACACACAAAUGACCUCGUCCGAAACGAACAGCUAUGAAUCAACAUUGUCUCCAGCAAAUAACACGCCUGUCAAUGCUCCCAGAUCAGAAAAUGAGGCCCUUUCACCCGCAAGCAGGAUGCUCUCCCCAACAUCACCCAGGCGCAUGUCCCCCGGGAAGGAAGAGGAAAAAAUGAAUCCAACCGAGCCAACAAACCCCGCCCCCGCCGUUGAAAUUUCUAUCGCACGGUCCGUGUCCGUCUCACGAGGUAGAAGACAGGUUCUUGUACCCAUCAGACCGCGCCAGGACCGCCCUGAUCCUAGCGAGCGCACGGACGACAGGGUGAAAUCCCCCAGGGUCGUGACUGGUAAUCGCAACCGCAUCCCUCCACGAUCGAAAGAGGCGCUCAAUAACAUGAUCUGAGCACUCUUCUUACCUUCUUCCGAAUUUGAUAUGAUCAUGAUCAUAUGUCGUUCUUCUUUAUUUCUUUCACCGACUUCCUUCUUCUCAACGGUCUUCUUUAUAGCGCACAUAGCGUUUUUACCACUUUCACGUUUCUCUUUUUCUAUUCCACGCAUGUGCGUCAGAGUUGCUGGUCUUUUAUAGACGAAUCCUUCCUCUCUGUUUUGUGAUAUGCUUUUCAUCGAGUUGUUACUAGGCGAUGUACGUCUGAGCACGAACUGCACCAUGGCUUUCCUCUUUGUGUCCUGCCACAUGUUUAUUUAUGCUCCUGUUGUAUACUACACU